AUGGCUGCCGAUCCCGUUACGGACGACGAUGAGCAGUAUGACUCCGCCAACGAUUCCGAUUUUGCCCCGGCCGGCGAACCCAACAUAGUAUCCUCUGACGAAGAAGACAACGACGGUGAUGAAGGGCGAAAACGAAAGAAGCCAAGCAAGGUUGCUGCCAACCACGCUGCCGCUACAGACGACGAUGUGGUUUACGAAAAUUCGGGAGAUGAAGCCAUCAUCAGCAGGGGCAAAAAGAAGCUGAAGAAGGCGAAGGACGCGGAAGACGAAGGCGGUGACGGCGGCUUGAUCAAGACCAGAGCGCAGCGCGCGGCCGAGAAGGAAGAGCGACGAUAUGCAGCAAACACUGAUCCGGUGACGAUCGACGUUGAUGCGAUCUGGAAGCAAAUGCUUUCCGGGCAGCCGAUAGUCCAAGAAGAAACCAAUGAAAGUGAAAGCAAAGAUACCAAGACAGUCGAUAUCGCGCAAGAAACCGCAAAACAACUCGACCCGUCCGAUGCGAUCACGAUCAAGCGCACCUACAACUUCGCCGGCAAGAUGCAUGCCGAAGAGAAGACGGUGGCGCGCGACUCCGCCGAAGCCAAGCUAUACCUCGCCUCCGAGGAGGGCCAAGCUGCCGCCUCUGACGCCUCACCACCCAAGCGCGCGACGCGCAAGGCGUUUCGCUCCGCGUUCGAGCCCAUCGUGGCCACGGCCGAUGCGGGCAGCGGCCGCCGCGCCGACCUCAAUCUCGGCAUCGCGGCGCGCGCACAGGCGGCCAGGGAGUUUCAGGCCAAGAAAUUGACGACGGUCGAGAAGAGUCGCAUGGACUGGGCCGGCUACGUGGACAAGGAGGGUAUCCAAGACGAGUUGGCGCUCGCGGGCCGCUCGAAGCACUCGUACGCGGCGCGGCAGGACUUCUUGGCGCGCAGCCAGGCAAUCCGUGACGAGGACUCGCGACGGGCACGGAUGGCCGGGAGAACAUGA